UCGGAAGGGGGGGAGGGGCGUCCCGUCGGCAGGCACGCAGACAGCAGGCAGCAGCUGCAGCGAGAGGAGCCCGGUGCUGCUUCGUCUCCGUUAAAACAGUCCCAAAACCACCUUUUAGCCGCGCAUCGCACGCGACGAGGCAACGCACGCAUCCGCAUCGAAAAUGGUAGACCGCGAGCAACUGGUGCAGAAAGCCCGGCUGGCCGAGCAGGCGGAGCGGUACGACGACAUGGCAGCUGCCAUGAAAUCGGUCACAGAGUUGAAUGAAGCACUAUCCAACGAGGAGAGGAACCUGCUCUCUGUGGCCUACAAGAACGUGGUGGGGGCACGGCGUUCUUCCUGGCGCGUCAUCUCCAGCAUCGAGCAGAAGACGUCGGCCGAUGGCAAUGAAAAGAAGAUCGAGAUGGUGCGGGCCUACCGGGAAAAGAUCGAGAAGGAGCUGGAGGCCGUGUGCCAGGAUGUGCUGAAUCUCCUUGACAACUUCCUGAUCAAGAAUUGCAACGAGACGCAGCACGAGAGCAAAGUCUUCUACCUGAAGAUGAAGGGCGACUACUACCGCUACCUGGCCGAAGUGGCCACGGGGGAGAAGAGAGCCUCGGUGGUGGAGUCCUCUGAGAAGUCCUACAGCGAGGCCCAUGAGAUCAGCAAAGAGCACAUGCAGCCCACCCACCCCAUCCGCCUGGGUCUGGCUCUCAACUACUCCGUCUUCUACUACGAGAUCCAGAACGCCCCGGAGCAGGCCUGCCAUCUGGCCAAGACCGCCUUUGAUGACGCCAUCGCCGAGCUGGACACCCUCAACGAAGACUCCUACAAAGACUCCACUCUCAUCAUGCAGCUGCUACGAGACAACUUGACGCUGUGGACGAGCGACCAGCAGGACGACGACGGAGGAGAGGGCAACAACUAAAGAGCCCAGCACCUCAUUCUGCCAAAAUAACACGCGCGCUCACAAAUGAUGACAAAAUAAUAAUAGUUGAAAAUAAAAAUCUUAGAAAUUAAAAAAAGGGAAGGGUGGUGGGGUGGUGGAACAUUGGCGGCCAAUUUAGCCAAUGGUACUAACACGGCUGCUGUUCUUUAUUUUUCCACAAAUUAAAAGUGAAAAAAGCAGGAGGAGGGAAGAUGAUUUUAGUUUGAGAAAUAACCUCAGAUCAAAAAAUAAAAGAAAAGAAUGAACCCCCUCCUUGAUAGCCUCUGCAGCAUUUGCCAAAAUACCACUUUAGAAGCAAGAGGUAUGUAAUUCAUGGCAGUGUGACUAUUGGGUAGUUAUACCUUCACACCGACAGAGACUGGUCUUAUCGCGCAAAUGAAGCUGAGCUGUCUUAUUGUAUUUGGUGAGGGGAGGAGCAUCGUUCAGGCGCUUGAGCAUCAAGAAAAUUAGAGUAACCUUGAGUCGUGACUGAGAGACAGACAGACAGAUAGAGUGAGUGGGAUAGCAGACGGCUGACGGACAUGAAGACGGGCUUUUAGGGGUGUCGGACUUCAAUAUGUAACUUCAAACGUACCCAACAUCUUUAAGUUGCGCUACACUAUGACCGUCGAGUGAGAAAUGGGUUGUCUCUGUUACUGAAGAUAACAUAAAAACUGUUUUUGUUUGCUUUGUGUCAGGUAUGUGUCCAGCUGAGUCACACAGUCAUACUGUAACUAAAAAUACAAAUUCAUGGAGUAAAGUUAGUGCAGCUUGUCCCUCUCAUGUGCUGAUGUGCUUUAUUGAAUAAAUUAACUGUUUUUGGACACAUAAUUCUUAUUGUCAGUAUUGUCGUUACUAUAACAACUCAUAUUGCCUCCUUAUACCUUUAGGGAGCGAUUUGAUUCACAGAAAGAUAUAUAAAAUAAAUAAGAACAACAAAUGAGGACUUUUAAUUGAGAAAUGAGCCAGUAGGAGACGAGUGAGUCGCCCCGUUCCUCUAAUUAUGCUAUCGUCAUAACAAUCAUAAGAAGUCAGAACCCGUACCUGGAACCACAGACUCGAUUAGGGAACUAAGUAUAAUUUGUGGACAGAGCACAUGCAAUGUUAAGUGGAAGCUCAAAAAGCAGAUUUUGAAGUUUGUGGAUUUAUUUUGUCUUCAGUUUCUUCUUGGUCAAGAAAUGCACUUGCCUAUUAUACUGUUUCUUCAGUGUAAGAUGAUAACUGCUCCAAUAUUCUCCAUAAUACAAUAUUGUGCAUGCUGGUGAUGUAUUUAUACAGUAGCUUCAAUUUAUUAACUUAUACUGUAGAUGUUAUGUAUUCAUAUGAACCUGACCUUAAUCGGAUUAUUUUCUAUUUAUUUCUUUUUAUUGCGAUUGUUAGCUAGACCUUAUUUUAUUCUGUGUUUUCUUUACUCCAUUUGCUGAAGUACGCUAUACCAAAACAGUGAUUGUUAACAAUAAAUUGAUCUGUUAUGGA